AUGUCAAGCGAAGAGUCGUUUAAUAAAGAAAUUGAUUAUGAAAUUACAAAUAAUUAUGAGUUACCAAAUGAAGCUGAAAUCUAUUAUGAAGAGUCGUUUAACGAAUUAUUGAAUGAUGAAGAAAUUUUCGAUGAUGAAGUGCUGGUGGAUGAAGUACUUAAUGACAAAGGACUUGACAAGAUUGUUGAUGAGGCAUUAAAUAUUGAGAAGAUGCUAUCUAUUAGUGGUGAAUAUAUACCAUAUUUCAAAAGUACAACCGAAGCGAAACAACUUAAAAAUUACUUUGUCAUUGGGUUCGUUCCAUUUGACGGUUGUUUUAAUAAUUUCAUUGUGCCUUUUAUAAAUAAGAUGAAGAAAUUAGAAAAAGGAAUCAUAAUAGAUAUGCAAGGAAACAAAAGCCUUGUUAUUGCAAAUCUUGGGGACAUGACAGCUGAUCUGCCACAAGGAAAUGAUUUAGCUGGAAUUAAAAGACACGUUUCCUGUUAUCACCAUCUUACCAAUAGUCAAUUUGAAGAAAUUUCUUUAGCAUCAAUAUUAAAAAGAUGUAAAGAACUUGCUACUGAAUAUGGAUUAUAUUUACAACCGCCAAUACUUGAUAGAUUAAAAAGAGAGAAACAUCUUUA